AUGAUAAUAAUAUUUACUUCAAUAGAAAUUCGUGUAUUGUAUUUGAUUAUCAUCACGUUAUCAGUGAUUUGGAUCAAAUUGUUAUUUGGUCUAAAAUGUUAUCACGGUAUCACAACGAAAUACUUCCAUUCACCAAUUUCAUUUCAAAUUAAAACUUGUCAAGCGGGAAAUUUUUGCACUAAAUAUCAUCGUAUUGAUUUUCGUUAUCGACGAUCAUUCACUGUCAAAUCAUGUGAUAAUGAUGGAAUUUGCACAGAUGAAGGUUGUACUGUUGGUUCAAUUGGUGCAAAAUUUAUGGGAUUUAUGACAGGACCAUUGUUUUAUUUUUCGAUUUCAAUUAUUGGAGGAAAUUUUAGCUAA